AUGAGGCCCACAGUGACGAAAUUGGCAAGGGCAUACACACCGAUGAUCAAGUUUGUUGGUGGUAAGCACCCUAUUAUUGAGCAUUCCGGAGCUAUUAAAGCGCAUCCAUGCUCUUUGGGGGGUUUGCUACCUGGUUCGAAGGACUGUGUUCCGGUGUCUGAAUUCUUGAGGAAUCAAAGACCAUUUGAAGUGAUUCCUUAUAAGAACGCUAAUAGGCCCCAGAAAGUCAAGUCCUCAAAGAGCGUUUCGGCGGGUGCCUCAAAAUCGCAGUACGAUUUUGUUCAUAGGCCGCUGAAAGAUAAUGAAGUCAGCUCAAUUUCACAGUUACCUGCGAGAUUUAGAUUCAAGCCUAUAGGUGAAUUGGAAUCGGAGACGAUCAAUAACGGUGGCGCCUUGUGA